AUGCGGGCGUCCCAGACCAAGAUCGGAUUCAUGCUGCGAUCAGCGGCGCGCGAUGGCGACUGCGAGGCCUUCCUCUUCCUCUGGCAGCAAGCCGGCGCGGCGGCGCAAACACUGCGAUAUCCGCGCGACGAGGGCCCGCUGUUUCCGGCGCUUGCCUCACGACACGAUGCGAUGAUUGACAUGCUCCUUGCGCCGCCGAUCUGCGCCUCGGCGACCAACGCGUCGGCAACCUCGGGCUCGACCCCGCUGCACUGGGCGGCGGCGGCGGGCUAUCUGUACGGCGUGCGGCAGCUGCUCGCCGCGGGCGCCGACGUUUACGCGGCCAAUGCCGCCGGCGACACGCCGUACGACGUCCUCGGCUCGUUUGCGGCCGACGAGGGCUAUGACGCCGACGGACACCUUUCGCUGGAGGCUGCAGGUGUGGCUAUGCUCAUCCACACCGCCGCCGCAGCCCGUGCUCGCGGCUGGUCGCCCGCCCGCCACCGGCACUUUCCGGCUGCCACCCGUGCCGCCAUCUGGACCGCACUCGUCAUCGCCAAGGCAAGCACUCUCGGGACAAAUCCUGCCCAGGGCACACCCGGCGAGCGGCGUCCGAGCUAUGCUGCCCACUGCUGUCUCUACAAGCUCCCGAACGAGCUGCUGCAUCUCAUCUUUCGCUUUGUCGCCGCCGCCCCCAUGGACGCCGACCCGUCCCGGUUCCCCGCCCCGGACAUGUACCCGCCGCAAAUGCUGGCCAUGAUGCUGGACCCUGUGGAAGCCGCUGAUGAUGACGCUGUCGAUCGCGCCCAGAUUCUGGCCAUGAUUGAGGCCUCGGACAGCUCUACAGAGGACAGCUGA